CAGUAAUAAUAAUAAUUGUAAUAGUGAAUUUCUAAAUCCAAAAAAGAAAAUAAUCAAAUAUGGCAUCACUGACAAGAACUUUCGGUUUCGUUCGUGUCCUGAAUCGCGCUCUGAGAGCGAAUCAUUGGAAUGCGUAGAAUCAGUGUGGUCAUAUUUUCAUAUCUAUUUUCACCCUCCAUAAAAAAAAAAAAAAAUCUUGACCGUUGGUUCGUAAGAGCCACAUAGAUUAUGCAUGUUAUGAUGGAACUUUGUAUAAAGCUCUGUAAAUUCAUGCAAAUAUGUAUAAGUGUGUAAAUAAUCCGGAAAUCUUCAUUUUUAGAUUUCUAAAUGAUUAUCAGUACAAAGAUGUGUACAAUUACAGAGAAAUCUGCAUGUAUAGCACCACUGCCUUGAAUAGAGCCCAACCAAACUGCGAGAUCGAUUGGAGCAAGAGCAAUGAGAGAAUACGAGCGAGAGCAAGAGUGUUCGAAUACAUCGUCGGGUUUGUGGUUCUGACCAAGAGACUCGUUCGGGAUUCCGUUAACGAUAGUUGUAGCACACGGACGUGUGAAAUUUUUGCGCGACGAAAAAAGAUGGCGGACAAGCGUCUGGAAAACCUUUCCGCGGACAAUCGUUCCGCGGACAAGCGUCCCGCGGAUAACCGUUCCGACAAUGGCGUGGUUGAAGGCGCUCCCAGUCGGUAAGUAUAAUACGAUUUUCUUCAGGAGAAUCGUGAAGGUUGAUACUAAUUAUGUAAAGGCAGCAAAAUGUGGUAAAAAAAAAACACUGUUGGCUGAAACUUGAUACAAAAAAAAAAUUAUGGCACAAGAAAACGAAACGAAUCAAAAGAUUGAGAUCGUAAAAAUGGCGGAGAAAGAAAAGCGAAAAAAAAUCAUUUUGCCAAAAACAAAAAGAGCGGAAGGUCUCAUGGCAGAAAAAAUAGUAAUAAAAUACCAAAAAAAUAAAAGAGUGGGAGGACUCCAGGUAUUACGCAAUAAAUAUAAAGGCCAAAAACAAAAGGAGCGUCGGUUCUCAUGGCAAACAAAUUAAAAUACGUGAUAAGCCCUUUCAAAUCAUGAAAAAAAAAAAUUAAACUAAAGCUUGCUCAGAAAAUGUAUCUAAAAAAAAUACAUAUGUGCAUAUUUCUCUAUAAUCAAUUGCAGGAAAACGAAAAAAAAGCUUCGAAAUCUGAAUCAACGGUGAAAAAAACUUCAAAGUUAACCGUGGCGGUUAAAGAGCUCGCUGCGUCGGAAGCUAGAGCUGAGCUGAUGCGCACUGAGCUUGAAAAAGCACACGAAACUAUACUAUCGCUCCAGGCAACGUUGAGAGCAUCUGGAAAUAACGCGGUAGAAGUAAACAGCCUGGAAUCCGGAAGUGACAUUGGCGCUGCGAACGCGCUUCGAAAUGGUGGUGCGACGCCAUAUUGCGCACCCGGGAACAGCGCAAUGGAAACGAACAGCGUAGAGUUCGGAAGCGACAUUGGCCCUUCAAGCACACGACGCCACGGUGGACGGGCACCUCCAAUCAACACAGUUGAAGUGAAUGGUGUAGAACUCGGAAACGGCAUUGGCCCUUCGAGCUUGCAUCGAAAUAGUGGAGGUGAACCGACCAUGGAAGUCUCACGUUUUAUGUCGUCAGUUAACCAAAUUUCGGUCUCCACAAUCAAUAUUCCGGAAUGCAAGUCGUCGGUGGAAGGUGAAGGAAUCGGGAAAUUCGAGUUUGAAUCGUGGAAGGACCUACUGGUAGACUCUAUGACACUCGCCGGAAUAACUGAUGAGCCAACCCAGUUUGUGGUGUUUAAGGUCAAAGCAGGCGCAAAGUUAAUGGAGAUCUUCAAAAAUACGGCAACAACAAUGGACAGUCCAGACCCUCAAGCAUUUCCUUUCACGAACGCCAUGCACCGGCUCAAGACAUAUUUCGGGUCUAGCUCGGACAUCAUGCUCCAGCGACGCAAGUUAGCAAUGAUGAAUCAGAAACCAGACGAAUCCGAUGUUUCGUUCAUUAUGAGGGUGGGUGCCAUAGCCAGAAUGUGCGAUUAUGGUACCGAAAAGGAAUUUGAGGAGAUUGUCAGCACCGUGGCAGAACAGGCAAGGAACAAAGAAGUGCGAACAGCUGCGCUACGGAUGCUCAGCCGUAAGGGAACGCUAACCGAGCUAAUUGACAAAGUUCGUGAAAUUCAAGCCGUCGCCAUGAACGAGGAGUACUACCGCCUCAGACACGGAAUUGCAGAACAAGCCACAGUCGCUUCGGUAAGCGUUAGUCAAGGAAGAAGUCAGCAGCGCUUCUCACGAGCUCCAUCGAACCUUGGGCGUUUUGCAAAUCAUCAGCCUCGACGUUGGGAUGAGCAAGGUGCCAGGCGACCUGGGAUGUCCGGAUGGAAAGCUCCAGGUGGAGAACGCUGCUUCAGGUGCAACAGCAUGUUCCAUAAACCUAGCGAUUGCGUUGCGAUUGAUCAGACAUGUUUGAAAUGUGGCCGAAAAGGUCACUUCAAGCGGGCCUGCAAGACACUUAUCCGGAGUGGCAGCAAACGACAGAGCGAAUCAGAUAACUCGGGUAUCGAAUCGAAGAGAAUCGCAUUGGUGAACGAGGAAGAAAACACAAAGGAGGAAGAGCGACCGAAGGAAGCCGAUGUAGGUGACAAGAUGUAUUAAUUAAUCGAUCAUUUCAUACACUUUUUAAUUACAAAUGAAGUUAUUUAACGUUGAAUUAGUUCCCAAAUUGAACUGUUUAUGAAACUUGUUGCAAUAAAUUCACAAGUGGAAUAAAACACAUUUAAAACUCGUGUUAGUGUCUCUUCAUGAACCCAUAGUAGUAUGACUUGACUUCGUUUUCAUUAGAAAGUGCAAUUUCAUAAUAUUUGAUAUUUAAUUGACAGAUACCAAACAAAACUCCGAUGCCGUGUUUCGGGGUUUCGAACCAAUUAUCAAAAAAUAUAAAUGACUGUGGAUUAAUUGUGGCGAAGGUAUCAGGAAUGAACUGCACAUUUCUAAUUGAUUCCGGGGCCCAGGUGAAUACCUUAACCGAGGAAUCAUUCAAGGUGCUUCUCGACAACCAUGAAUACAGAGAAGGCGUAUACAACAUCCAGGAACGACCCGACCGUCCACUCAAGGCGUACGCGUCAGCCGGGGAUAUAAAAGUACUCUGUACGUUCGAAGCUCUCCUGUACGUAUCAGAGGAUCGCCCCAUCCUGCUAGAGAAAUUUUACGUGGUGGACGAGUGUAGAUCCCUCCUGGGCAGACACACAGCAACUCGGUACAGUGUGCUUCAGCUGGGAUUGCAAGUCCCGGUGUCAUCUGAACUUUCCCAGUUUCCGUUGAAUACCGCGAGAGGUAUUGCUAUGGUUGAAGAGAAUGAAAUAUUCCCAAAAUUCAACAUGCCACCAAUCCAAAUUAGCUACGACAAAACGAAACCCCCUUGCAGAAACAUAUUUAUGAGUAUUCCGCCAGCUGUGAAGCCAUUGGUUGAAAACCGACUUCAACAACUACUA